ACGUUCAAACAUCAACAACCAGCUGCUCGAAGCCAAACUGCACAGCGGGAGGUGCUUUCUGUAAUUCUGAGGAGAAAACGGGGGCGACGGGGCAGCUCACUGUUUCAGCUUUUCAGAUUGAAGUUUUAACCAUGGACAAAUGUUCUUAUUUCGCCUUUCCUUUUUUCUUCUUUUUCAUUCAUUUCCUCCUUUUUCCCCUCGCUUGUCCCCGCGUUCUUCUCCUUGCUCACUGUUCUUUUGACCAGGACCUCGCUCUCUUUCCGUUCGCCAACCACCAUUAAUGCACUGGUGUAACUCACCUCCUGACUGCACUACCCAUCAAUGACGGCCAUGUGCUCUCUCUAAUUCUUCUCGUUUUAGUUGGUUUCUAGCAGUCUCCGUGUUGUUUGCUUUCUCUGCUCCAAUGGCAGCUGCGGACUCCAGAUUUUCUGUGCCAUAGAACCUCAUCCUUUAACAAAUUGGUCCGCCCUUCACCUUCUUUUCAUCUUCGUCUUGUCCCUCGGGACCUGAUUCUGCUCAGUACCCACUUCGGGAAACAUAAAACUCUAUGCAUUUGCCCCGCCUUUCAUCUUUUCGGCUUCCACAUUAACCUGGUUUCUCUCCACGGCCGCUUGAGUGAACCGUAGGAAUAGCUCUGGUUUUCAUCAAUCCGCACUCUAUAUUCUUUUUGUGGUCUCUUACUUCUAUAGGUGGGACAUAAGCUUUUCUAACGAUGGAAGGUCUUCCUGCUGUUCUACUCUUGACGGUUUUCUCUUGGGCUCUGCUGCUGCCUGGUACCCAACAGUUGCAGGCCUCCCAAACAGAGGUUCUGCAGCAACUAAGGAAGCAUCUCCAGUACCCAAAGGCAUUGGAUGUAUGGAAUAGCAGUAAUGACCUCUGCAGCAUUCCUGGUUCACAAGCGGUAAGCAUCGUAUGCAAUGGGGAUUCUGUCGUUGAGCUAAAGGUAGUUGGUGAUAAGCCUUCUAAGGUUGGAGAUUUUGAGGGAGUCCCAAUUCCAGGCCAAACACUGACAGGUGAUUUCUCCAUGGAUUCGUUCGUUACCACAUUGACCAGGCUCUCAAGCUUAAAGGCUGUUAGCUUGGUUUCCUUAGGGAUGUGGGGUCCGCUUCCUGAUAAGAUUCAUAGGCUGGAUUCACUUGAAGCAAUUGAUUUGAGUUCAAAUUUCCUGUAUGGGCCUAUCCCUGACAGGAUGUCCUCCAUGGGAAGUCUUCAGACUUGGGUAGUGGACAACAAUUUCUUAAAUGGCAGCUUGCCGGAUUGGUUUGGUACGUUUGCCAAUUUAACAAUCUUGAGUAUGAAGAACAAUCGAUUUGAUGGUUCGAUUCCGAGAUCGAUAGGCACGAUUAAGACUCUCACUGUACUUGGCUUCUCCGGAAAUGGCAUCUCCGGCGCGCUUCCUAACCUUGGUGGACUGACUAAGCUUCAAGUGUUGGACUUGAGGAAUAACAAGCUGGAUUCCAGAAUACCCGUGCUUCCAGGAUCACUGGUUACCGUGUUACUUAGCAAGAAUUUACUGUCCGAUGAGAUCCCGGAACACUUUGGUGAACUAAAAGCGCUUCAACAUCUUGAUCUCUCCUACAAUUUUCUUAAAGGGCGGCCACCUUCUGUGAUUUUCUCGUUGCCAAAUAUCACUUACUUGAAUUUGGCAAUGAACAUGCUGAGUGGGUCUCUACCUUCCAAUCUCAAUUGCGGCAGUGGACUCGGUUUUGUCGAUGUUUCAUCCAACAGAUUGACUGGAGGACUGCCUCCAUGCCUGAGUUCUCAUUCGGACAAAAGAGUUGUCAUAUUUAGUGGGAACUGUUUGUCAAUUGAUCCCCAACACCAACACAAGCUCCCAUUUUGUAGAGGAGUAGAUAAUCAAGAAAAGGCUUCUAAUCACGGUGGCAUCUGGUUACUGAUUGGUGUUAUUGGUGGAAUUGUAGUCCUUGUGCUGCUACUUGGGUUGUUAUCUCUUCCUAGAUGUAGACAGUGCUGGAAGAAAAGAAAAGAAGACCAACAAUUACUGCCAAAGCCUGUGCCAGUAACUGAAAGCUCUCCUACGGGUUUCUCUACGGAGCUCCUCGCCAAUGCAAGAUAUGUCCAAACGAUGAAGUUAGGGACGCAGGGUUUACCUGUCUAUAGACAGUUCACUGUAGCAGAGCUAGAAGAAGCCACAGACAACCUCAGUCAAUCUGCAUACAUGGGUGAAAACUCCUUUGGGAAGGUAUACAAAGGAAGAUUGGAGAAUGGUACAUAUGUUGCAGUACGUUGUUUUACAUUGAUUAAGAAAUACCAGAUUCGAAAUCUCAAGCUUCGCCUUGAUCUGCUUGCAAAGCUUCGACAUCCCCACUUAGUCUGGCUUCUCGGUCACUGCAUUGAUGGAGCUCCAGAUGAGUCCUAUGUUAACAGGGUUUUUCUUGUUUAUGAAUAUAUACCUAAUGGGAAUCUGCAGGCACAUAUUUCUGCUAAUUCAGAGAAAGGGCUCAAAUGGUCUGAGAGGUUGGCUGUUCUCAUUGGAGUGGCAAAAGCUGUACACUUUCUUCAUACUGGAAUAAUUCCUGGGUUCUUUCACAACCAAUUGAAAUCGAAGAAUAUCUUGAUUGAUGAGCAUGGUAUUUCAAAGCUUAGUGAUUAUGGCUUGUCCAUCUUUAUUGAAGAGCUUGAAAAACUUCAGGCAAGGGCAGAUGGUAAGUCAGUGUUGAUGGAUAGCAAAUGUUCUUCAAGGCUGACUACUGAGGAUGAUGAUGUUUACAGCUUUGGUUUCAUAUUAUUAGAAACACUUGUAGGAUCUUCAGCUUUCCAAAAAGAAGAAUCAGGACUACUUAGUGAAAUGGGAUCAUUCAGCAGCCAGGAUGAGCAGAAGCGUGUAGUGGACCCAAUAGUAUUGUGCACUUGUGCUCAAGAAUCAUUAUCAAUUGUAAUGUCAAUAACAAAUAAGUGCUUAUUGCCAGACCCAUCGGGACGUCCUUCCAUAGAAGAUGUCUUGUGGAACUUGCAGUAUGCUGCUCAAGUACAGGCAACAGCAGAUGGUGACCAAAGAUCUGAAGACGCAUCAUCUAUAUAACUUAACGCCAGGAAGAUUCUGGCAGCUUUUGUUCUCAAUUUCUCGACUCCCGCAUCCUAUAUCUAUAUAAGUGCCGAAUCCUGAAUUCCACAACCACAUCCUUGUGACAUAGCUUGGCAGCAUUUAGUUCUGGCCCUCUGGGCAUUUCUGUAAUUCUUGUAAAUCUGCUGCUCAGAAAAUUUGAUUUCGUUCAUUCUUUUCUUGUCAAUAUUUUCCAUUCAGUUGCA